CCGAGGGAGGGGUGGUCUCGCCGACCUUGCCGGGACGCGCGCUGCCGUGCGGGACCCCGGGGGUCUGUGGGCACCGGGGGUCCCGGGGGUGCGCCUGCCGCCCUCCUCGGACCCGCGCGGGGGGCGCUCGGGGCUGUGGGGAUGAUUCCACCUGAUCGUGUCGCAAGGACCUUGCGGUGGUUUUGGAGAGGGUGGUUGUCCCCGAGUAACCCCCAAAGAAGCGCUGGCGACUCCUGCUGCGAUGGUCCAGCAGAGUGACAGCGCCUCGUGCCCAUAGUGCCAACCCCGAGGGGCCUGGGGCAGCAGGAUUCGGUAUCCGGGGAAGGGAGAGCGAGUUGGGGUUUAGGGAGCGGCCGUCCGCGUAAGGCAUGGAACAAGUACUUGCUCGGCGUUGAUCUAAGACAGAGACCUGGCCAGUUGACCUCCGCCUCUCUCUGCUAAAUGAGGCGAGUUGUCCAGGCCUAGUGUGGAACUCCAGACGUGGCCCCCCGUGUGCCCGGCAAUCAUGACUAAGUCUCUGUCCUUAAAAGGCCUGAUCCAGGAUCUAGGUGUGCUCCCCAUCCAGUGACGCCUCCCUCUCCUGCCCCAGCUGCCUCCCCCAGCGGCAAGCUUGACAUCUGUGCUCGGAACAGAGAGUGCUUUCCACCUCAGCGGCCCGGUGCUUCUCAGGAGAUCAAGCCGCCGGCUCAUGUCUGUAGUCUCAGCUCCAUGAAGCCGGAGCUGGAGGACUGCAAGUUCAAGGCCAGCCUGGACGGCGCAGCAGGCGUCUGUGGAGCCCUGCAGGGCCCCUCCAGUGCUCUAGGAGAAGAGAUGUGUGCACUGGAGGAGAGGGAUUAUUGGGGCUGAGGCAGCAUACAGAAGAGGUUUCUAGAUUGAUGGGCUACAGAACCCAGGCCCACAGAGAGGAAGGAGAAAGGUCCAGAUGGCAGCUGUAGGGCGUCCCAGGCCCCGCCCCCUCCAGUUAUAAACGCCCGCACCCCACCCCAGUUUGGAGUGGCCAGAGGGAUGGGCAGGAGAAUAGUCAACCACAAUCCUGGAAGUUUCCCGAAUCUGGCUUGUUUGGUUUUGUUUUUUUUGAGACAGGGUCUCGCAUAGCCCAGACUGGCCUCAAACUUUGUAUAGCCCAUUGUGACCUUAAACUGCACGUUUCUGCCACCCUGGGGGCCGGACUGCAGGCGUGGACGCCGUGUGUGUGUGUGAGUGUGUGUGUGUGUGUGUGUGUGUGUGUGCGUGCGAGCAUGCGAGAUUCAAAGCUUUGAAUCCUUGUUCAGCUCCGGUCUGUGAGGUGACCUGUGGUCUUGGCCAAAGCUCCCCUGCAGGCCCCUACUAUUCCUUUCUUCCUCUUGGGCUUCAAGGGAGCUCCUGCUCCUGUGUGGUUCCCAGUGCACCAGUCAAGGCCUGGAACAGGCUUUCCAGAGAAGGAAACAGCCAAAAGAAGUUGGGUCCCGUUGAAGCUAUAGCCAGAAAAUGACAGAAUUGGAGUUCAAACCUAGGCUAAGCUGACUUUCAAAAAUUAGUGCCGUUGGUGCCUGAAACACACCAGCCAUGGUGGGGCACCGGCAGUCCUGGCCUUGGGUAGGAGCAGGAGGACCUGGAACUCAGGGUCGUUUGAGGCUGCUUAGUGAACCUGAGGCCAGGCUGAGACACGCGAGGCCUCAUUUCAAACAAGCAAAAUCCGAAGGGUAUCGGUGGAGCUCAGUUGGCAGAGGGCUUGCCUGGCACGAACUUGGUCUCCAGCACGUGGGAGGCAGAUCCCGAACCAUCAGAAAUUCAAGCCUCUACCUGCAACACCCUGUGUUCGAAGAGCUUGCGGCUGGAGCUGUGACCCGGGGAGAGCUGGCCGGGGAGGGACCCUGCCCAGUUGCUGCUCUGCUCCUGUCUCUUGUCCCCUCCCCCGGCCAUGACAGAGACCCGUGAGCCUGCGGAGACUGGAGGCUAUGCCAGCUUGGAGGAAGAUGAGGAAAACCUUUCCCCAGGCCCGGAGCAUUCUUCUGACUCUGAGUACACUCUUUCAGAGCCGGACUCUGAGGAGGAGGAGGAGACCACCGACGACCCCGAGUACGACCCCGGCUAUAAGGUGAAGCAGCGCCUCGGCGGGGGCAGGGGAGGCCCGUCCCGCCGGGCGCCCCGAGCGGCGCAGCCCGCGGCCGCCCAGCCCUGCCAGCUCUGCGGCCGCCCGCCGCUGGGGGAGGCCCCGCCGGGGACCCCGGCCUGCCGACUCUGCUGCCCCGCCGCGGCCGCGCACGAGGCCCCGGGCCCCGAAGGCAGGGCCGCCGGGGAGGAAGAGGAGGAGGCGACUCGCCCGGGGGAGAGCCGGGCCGCGGGGCAGGGCGGGGAGGAGGAGGAGGAGGAGGAGGACGAGGGGGGCAGCUACCACUGCACGGAGUGCGAGCACUGCUUCGACAGCCUCAGCGAGCUGCACGGCCACUUCAUGCUGCACGCGCGGGGCGAGGUGUAGGCGGGGACGCGGGGAGCCGGGUGGGGGGAGCGGGCCGAGGAGGCCGCGGGAGGCCGGGUGUCCGCCCUUGUCGCAUAGAUGUGUGAAGGCAGAAUAAAAGCCAGAUUCUGUGGGCCGGCCCAGCCUGUG